UAUACAUAUGUGAUAGUGUGAAGGAAGCUUCCUACCAUGGUUCCCCCUCUCUCCGUCCCCUUUGCUUUUCCCUUUCCCUUUCUCUUUCUCUUUUUGGAUUUCCUUCUCCACAAUUAAUACACACGCUCCCAUCUCCUCUUCUCUUCUGCAACCAACCACUCUUUCACUUUCACUCUCACUCACUCACUCCAAAGCACCACCAGUUUCCCCUUCUUUCUAUUAGGUAUGUUUCCUUCUCCUCCUUCACUCACUAUCACCAUCUUUCUUUAGCUCUCUUUUUCUAUGUUCAAAGAGUUUCCUAACUUGGAUUCUUUGAUUGCUUGAGAAUCUACCAUCAACCUUUGCAAUCUUAGCUAGAGGGUCUGGGGAACCAAGGAGAAAAUCUUGAAUAUCUUUGUUUUGUCCAAUUUCUUUUCUCAUCGAUGGAACAUUCUAGAGAUUGGAAUGGUCAAGGUAGAAGUCUAAAGAGAAAAUCACAAGAAAAUGGAGAUCAUAAACUCCUCAAUAACUUUUCUCUUGAUGACCUCAAUGAGGAUCUGUUUGAAAGGAUACUUUCAUGGCUUCCAACUUCCACAUUCUUUCGCCUUACUUCCGUGUCGAAACGGUGGAAUUCGGUUGCUGAUUCGGCUAGUUUCAAGCUUGCCUGCUCAAGCAUUCCUUCCAGGGAUCCUUGGUUCUUCAUGGUUGCUCCCAACCUUAACCAAUCUAUAAUCUUUGACUCUGCUGAAAGAACUUGGAAAAGACUCAAUCACCCCCCACUUUUGCAUCAAGAUUCUAAUAAAAGUUGUAUGCCGGUUGCUGCCUCCGGUGGCUUGAUUUGCUACCGUAAUUCAUCAGGAAGCUUCAUUGUAAGCAACCCUGUGACAGGAACUUGUAGUGAACUCCCUCUGCUUGAGUUUUCCCCUCAAAAUCAACCACUCAAUGCAAUUGUGAUGAGCACAACCACCAAAGACCAACAACUAUACUACAAAAUUGUGUUAGUCUUCGGAGAACUUCAGAAUCUUGUGUUUAGAGUCUACAAUUCUUUCUCUGGAAGUUGGGAAGGUGAGACUUCUCUAAGGAGAAAAGUUGAUGAUUGUUCUAUGGAGUUUGAUUCGACCGAGGACGACAAUGUUGUAUACUUCCUUAGUAAGGCUGGUAUUGUGGUAGCAAGCAACAUGCAGAGAAGCCCUUCAAAGCAAUAUUCGUCGGUCAUUACCGACAAAAAUGGCGAAGAGGUUGUCUAUUUUCUUAGCUCCACAGGGACAAUAGUAGCUUGCAACCUGACAAGCAAGUGCUACAUCGAGUAUCCAAGGUUGUUGCCUGUUCUGAGUGAGUAUUCAAUUGAUGUUGUGGAGUGUAAUGGGGAGAUGCUAGUUGUUCUGUUAUCAGAGUUCUUGGAAACCGCGAGUCUUCGUGUGUGGAAGUAUGAUGAAGCUAAAAGAGGGUGGCACCAGAUUGCAGCAAUGCCUGCAUCAAUUUCUCAUGAAUGGUAUGGAAAGAAAGUGGAUAUUAACUGUGUAGGAGCUGGUAACCAGAUAUUCAUAUGCUUGAACUCCUCUGAGCUAUGUACUUAUGUUCUGUGUGAUUUGGUUAGCAACAACUGGGUUGAAUUGCCAAAUUGUUGCAUAAAUGGUGAAGUCAUAGACUUUAUGUCUUCAUUUUCAUUUGAGCCUAGGAUAGAGGCUUCUGUAUGACACAGCAAAAUGGUGCCAAAUUUGUAGUUCAAUUGUAACUGUUGAAGAGAAAUAGGUAAAGUAGCUACUGGAAGAUAUGAUAUGGAGCUAACCAACCAAAUCAUUGAUUGCUAACUGAGAAUUGAGAUAUUGUAAUUUUUCUUGAUUGAUUUGUUAUAUGUACACCAUUUUUCAGUGAAUGCAGUUGUUAUUGGUGAAAGAACUUGUAUGUGGUUCCUUUUAGUUUUGUUUUGUUUUUUGUUUUUUGUUUUUUUGUUUUUAAUGUAAAGUAAUGUCAGUGGCUGAAGUCAACGGAUAUCGAUAGUUUCUGUUGCAAGCUUGUCCUCUUUCUUAUAAUGCUGCAUAGUCUUGGUUAUUUGAA